ACACACUCACCGGCUUUUAAAAGUUCGCAUUUAGAGGAAAUACAGUCGAGACAAAGUUGAAGCUGAGAAUUUUAAGUGAAAUUUACACAAUAAAAUCUCGACAACCAUCUUUAAUAAUUCGUUUUACUUUGGUUUUCGUUCCCUCUUGUAUCGCCUUCCUGUUCUCGCGGAAGUGACGUAGGUCAAAACAAGCACAUGUGUGACCUGCGUGGAGAGAAAGUGAGAAACCUUCAGAAGCUUCACUGACGAGGGAUGAAUGAACCCGGACAUUAUCCUCCUCCGGACUUCGGCAGUCCUCCGCCGAACUCCUUCCAGCAGCAGCCCCGCUCCAGCAGCUUCCAGCCCGGCAUGUGGAGCUGGAGCGAGACGCCCACGGAGAGCUGCUCCUGGGGACAGCAGGCGGGGUGGCAUCCCGGGGCAUCGGGCAGUGCACACGGUCGACCUAAUCGUCCUUACGGUCAAAGUUUUGGCCGUGAAUGGCAUCAAGGUGGACAUCACGGUGGGAGACAGAGUCACGGACCUGCCAGCAGUCAGGGGUCAAAGCAGAGAAAUAAGAGAGAACCAGAGUAUUCCCAUUUCUGUGACACCUGUGACCGCGGCUUCAAAAACCAGGACAAGUAUGAUGAACACAUGUCGCAACAUGUCAAGUGUUCGGUGCCGGACUGCAGCUUUACAGCUCAUGAGAAAAUUGUCAGCAUCCACUGGAAAAAUAGCCAUGCACCAGGAACAAAGAGAAUUAAGCUGGACACAGCAGAGGAGAUUACAAAAUGGAGAGAGGAGAGACGCAAAAACUAUCCAACCCUCCAUAAUAUUGAAAAGAAGAAAAAGGUGAUGGUGGCACGGGAGGAGACAGGAGGUGUUCUAGAGACAGCUCAGUUUGGACGAAUGAGAGGCAGAGGACGAGGACGAGGACGGGGUCGAGGUCGUGGCUGGGGUAACAGAGUGUUCCAGGAACAACAACCACAAGGCCCUCACCCACCACACAGCGGAGCUACAGAGAGACCUCCACUGCUUUCAAAGCCUCACAGGGACGGGGAUCCUCUGGGGGCACUGGCCAGCAGUGACCAUGAUUCUGACAGAGAGGAUCCAGCAGCUGAAUCCAGGACUGGCAGCCUGAUUGUGGCUCCUAAACGGAUGAGCUCAGCUCUGGGCUCCUUGGUGGCAAACUAUGGCUCCUCGAGUGACAGUGAAAGUGAUGGAGAACCAGAGGUCGCCUCUAUUCAGAAAGCCAAAGACCUUCUGCAAGAAAACCAGCUUCUUCUAAACACAUUCACACCAGGACACCAGUCCCAGGACAGAGGGCCCAAAACAAGCAUGGAGAUUUCAUCACAGGGAGCACUAACAAACUCAGCCCUCCUGCCUGACUCUGCUCCGUACACUCCUAACAGCCAGAGAGGAAGGGGAGGAAGAGGGGGCAGAGGAGGAAGGGGUGGUAGAGGAGGAAGGGGUGGUAGACACCAUGAUGCGCUGCAGAAGCAUCGUUCUACUCUGCUUGAGAUGUUACUCGCCCCAGAUAUCCGCCAUGAGAGGAAUGUCCUCCUGCAGUGUGUGCGCUACGUUGUCCGCAACCACUUCUUCGGCCUUGAGAGCAGAACUCAGCUCGGGGAAGGGAUCCAAGCCACAGCAGCUGGAGAGCGUGAAGGGAGGCACUACAAGGCAUCAGAUGAAGUCCGGGCCGUGUCCCAGUCUCCCUCUCUGACCGGUGGGGAGAGAAUCUCUGACCUUGGCAAUCAGGAGGGUUUAGAAACAAAUAAAUCUGGCGAUCCGUAUUUGCUGCAGAAUGGUCAGGACCAGGGUUUACUCACUGACCGGGUUUUCUCAGAACAAUCAGAUGAUCCUCGUGUGGACUCGGCCGCAAAUGGUGAGCAGGUCGGAGGAGGUUUAAUCCUUAAUGACAUCAGCAACGGCCACAGCCUCCGUUUGAAAACCACAGAUAAAAUCACAUCUGCUGCGAAUGUGUAUGAUGAUGAAAUAUGGGAGAGCCCUGCUGCUGCUUUGUGAAAUACUUUCAAAUUACUGUAGAUUUUUGUUUAAAAAAUGAAUAAUUUGUGUAAUUCAAAGUUUAUGUUCAUAUACAAGAUGUUGGUAUGACUUAUAUUUUGCAACAUACUGUGUACUUAAAUUUUUUCUUGUUUAAUAAAUCACUCUGAUUUUGUUUUUGAGCUUUAAUCCUGAAAUGUAUCAUUUUAUAUACAUUGGAAUAAAUCCUUAUAACUCUA